CUUCGACCUACGGGUUAGAUGUACUCGGAGGGCUGACCGCGUACUUCGUUGAACCUGUUGCGCGUGUUAGGAGAUUGAGUUGGGGAUGGGACGUGCUGGCCUUAGCGACGUGUCCCAUCACCAAUACAACCACAUAUCAUGGAGAAGGUGUUUAAAAAUGGUAUUAUCACUUCAAAAGUACGGUUUCAGUCAAGAACGAUGCCUUCGUGCUCUAGCAUUCACGGGAUUCCGUACAGUGCGACUGGCGGCCUUUUGGCUAUGCUCUCAUAUCAACGAUCCGAUACUCGCGUUAGAUACGGUACAAGAUUUUUUUGUCCUCAUGUGCCUCGAAGGUGAGCUAUCCGCUAGACUUUCGGACUUCCUCUAUGACGCACGGCACAUUCUCGACUGGAGCUCUACUCUUGAUGCACCUCCAAGUGUGGCUGUUCUACACUUCGAAGCUUGCUCUGUCACAACUCCCGAAAUUCACCGUAUCCUGCAGAGCUCAACAGAUUAUAUAAGACUUUUGUUUUCCAACUUCAAUCCCUCUUUGGAGUUCAGUGCUUCCAGCGAUCCUUGCUUUGUUGGAUACUGCUUUCGCGAUCCAUCCUCAGGAAUUUUACUUGACGAGCUAUCGAAGACUCUGUCAGACGCGUUAAUCGGAAGUAGGUCUUGGUGUCUAAAAACCUUUUAUUAA